GAGACAUACUAACUUAGAGCUUUAUCGAAUAUAUCUCUUGAUGCUAAAAGAAGUGUGAGAAUCUUCUUCCUCAGGAAAUGCAUCAUUCUAUCAACGCGCUUUGCUUCUUAUAAGUCUUCUAACAAGAUUUUCCUUUCCGAGCAAUCCUUGAUCAAAGCACUUGCCGUGAAAUGCCUUCGGCGUCCCCUGAAGAUAUACACAUGCUGGCCGUUUCGAAAAAUGCCAUGAACCCGAAGGGUAUCCCUUACAAAGCCAUGAAUAUCGGCUCUCAUGAAUUUUACUCCACCCCAGAAGCCGCAGUUACAGAGACUCGCGGAUCCGUUCAACGAGGUGUUUCCUGGCACAAACAGCCUACCUAUAUGGUUCUCUUCGCCUUUCUAGGAAUCGCGUUAGCAUUCACCCAUCACGGUUAUUAUUCACAUCUGGAUGGCAAACAAGGGACCAACAAUUUUCAGAAACAGUUUUCAGUAACACUUGGAAGUCUCCUUGCUUUUUCUGUGGUCUCAUCGUUUCUUGCAGCUAAUUCUGCUGCUUAUCCACAAUACCUUUGGAUGUCCAUACGCAAUAAGGCAUUUACGUUAAGUACAUUGGAUAAGAUGUUUGCGUUGACGUCGGAUCCGAUGGGAUUUAUGAGCGUAGAGAUAUUCAGACAUGCACCAGUCGUGGCCCUUCUCGCAUUGGUCUAUUGGGCAAUGAGUCUUGCAGCAAUACUGCCUCCUGGUACAUUGAUAAUUGUUAAUGGUCUUGCGGAUAAGACCUCUAAUGUUUCCGUGCCUACCAUCAAUUGGUCUAUUGCCAACGCUUUUCAAGAGGAUAAUGUUUCAACUGUACCUGGCACUGUUAUUAUAAAUAUUGGCAGAAAAGCUGCCGAGAGCUCCGAUAUUGUUUCAAUUGAAGGACCAGCGCCUAAUUCAUAUUACUCUCUUGAUAUUAGAGGCCCUUAUGUCCAAUGCAUGGCACCUAAUGAUACCGAGAAAAUUUACUUUGAUCAAUAUGUAGAGGAUCUUGCUCAGAACAACAUCUUUACUUCGACUAGCUGGACCACGCAUUACCAAAAUGCUUCUACCCUAUCCGACUCUCUUGUUUCGCCUUGGCCGUCUAUGGCCUAUCUAUCUGCUUUUGACCCGUGGAUGUAUCCCGGCAACGACAGCUUGGGAUGGUUGAGAAUCGGUGAAUUGGACACUUCAUCUCCCGAUCAAUCUAAUAAUUGGGAUGUCAGUAUCAGGCGAAAUAUAUCAGCAGAUCUCAGUAAUACCAACAACAAAUUCUUUUCGGUUCAACCCAAGCUAUGGGUUUUGACGGCUAAUGAUAGUUUUGUGUACGGGCUAGUCAACGGCACAAGAAACGUCCAUUUUAAUUUUAUCGAUGGCACACAGCAUAUAAGCUACGGUGUUCUUUAUGACGUGGAAGAUGUCAACAUGCUAUGGACGAAUGUUCCCGGCUACCCUGGAAGUUUGGGAAACACACGCCAUCGCGACAUCGCCCCCUAUGUAUCUCUCUAUCAAUCAAUGAUUUCAAUGCUAAGUGGAAACAUAACCGCCCAAAUCGAUACAUCAGAUAUGAGUUCCUUGGCUCUGAACACUGUUAGAUUCGGCCUACCAAGUUGUGUUCUUUCCACUGGUUUAGCGGGUUGUGAUGACUUCCUUAACGCAUAUUGGAAUGAUAAUCCUCUGGUAGGAAAUGCAGACUGCUUGCCCGCUGUGAGGGGAACCACAGGGCAUUGCGUGUGGCGUAAUGCAUACACGGCUUUCAACAUCAGCCGGUUGACUAAUAUCUAUAAUUCGACAGAAUUUUUCACAAAGCCUGCGUCAGCUUGUCGUAAUCAUAGUCUGGCGAGAGGCAUCGAAGAUUUGGCUGCGAAUAUUACCAUCAGCUUAUUCAGCGAACCUAAACUUCUGUAAGUUCACUGCGACGUCUAGGUCACAUAAUAUCAAGGAUCUCGGAGCUAACUUUACUUUAGCAAACAAAACGCAAUGAAUGUCCCAGUGACUUUCACGCAUUCUAUUAACGUCUUCUCGUAUUCCCCAAGAUAUCUUUACCUCUUAUACGGCAUCGCAACUUUUUUUUCUUGUCUUGGUACAAUCCUCGGUUUAUACGCCUUCUACGCCAAUGGUGUUGUUCAUAGCACAGCACUGUCGGCUAUCAUAGCUACAACGAGGAACCGGAUCUCGACAUUCUUGCGGGUGAAAAUUUUCUGGCUAAAACAUCAUUAAGUAAAGAUAUUGGAAAUCUGAAGUUAAGGUUGGGCGUGAUGAGAGGGGAAAGACCAGGGGAGGAGAGAGUGGUGUUGGGCAGACCCGAGGAAGUGGGGGAGUUGGAGAAGGGAUGGCUUUGAGACCCGGAUGGGCGACUUGCUUGAAAUUUGUUAUAGAUGAUGUUUCUUUACACUAUACUGGUAGUUCUGGGCAACUAAGUUAAGCUUGCGUUUGAGUUUCGUUAAAUGGAGAUCUUUUGCGAAAGAUAGACAAAUUAUCACCUGCAAUUCGACUCAUUCAGAUGUUACA